UGAACCGCGUUACCCAGAAAACACCGCGCUGUUGGCUUCAGUGGGUUAGAGUUGGCUGUUGUAUCUGUUCUCCUACUAAUCUUGGUUAAGAUGUUGUCAUACAUUUAGCUCAGUUAUUCUGAAAUGCGUUGCUAUCAGCACAUAUAAAGCAUUCAAGUUCUCAGUCAGUCGUUCUUUCUACCGUGGUGUGUGUAUGAGCGGCGUUGCCGACAAGAGAAAUCCCGUGCUGGAUUGUUGCGGAGGGCUGAAUAACGUGGAUUACAGUAAGGUACACGAGUGGACAUGUCAGUAAUGGAGGAUGUUCUGAAGCACAUAGACGUUUAUGACCCCAGGUUCUGUGUUGCUGUCAUCGCCAUCAUCUUCAACCCUUUCUUCUGGAAUGUGCUGAUUCGUCCUCACGAUAGCCAGUGGAGUCAGACUGUAGGAGCACAAACAACGGUGGCGCGUUGGGAGCAUCGUACGAGAGGUUUGACCAGACUGUUUGGGGGUCCCUAUCUGGCCUGCUACUGCCUAGGCACCCUCAUCAUCCUCCUCAAUGUCUACCGCAGCCACAGUAUGACAGUGGCGAUGAAGGCCCAGGCGAGGUGGGAGGUGAUGGCCAGCCCAGAGGUGUUCUACACGGGGGCAGCUCUCAUGGCCCUGGGCUCUGUCUUGGUGGUCACCAGCUUCCUGGCUCUCGGAUUCACCGGGACCUUCCUGGGUGACUAUUUUGGGAUCCUGAUGGAAGAGAAAGUGAAAGGUUUCCCCUUCAAUGUAACUGAGAACCCUAUGUACUGGGGCAGCACUGCCAACUAUCUGGGACUCGCAUUCAUCUCACCUCUAAUGCGAUGGCUGAAACUGCUUAUCUUUGAUGAGGCGUUUGAUGUCAGCUGGCAGAGAAGACGACGCUACUCGCAGCUGGUUUUCCAGGAAUGCCAGUCCGGUGGGGUUGGUGCUGACAGUAGUGGUAGCCAUAUCAUACCAAGUGGCCAUCAUCUUUGAGGGACCUUUCACCGAGGAUAUCUAUCGACAGAGAGCACAGUGCUGCAAGCACAAAUAAAGAGGAAGGAUGAACUGUGUUUGUCUGAGGAUCAUACCUACAAAUCAGAGACUACCAGACUGACUACCAGGCCACACACCACGUCAGCCUGCUACACAGAGCACGAGAGGUGGGCUAGAGAGAGCGAGAGAGAGAGAAGGGAUGGAGGGUGUUUUUGUAUUCUGGCAAAGAUCAAGUACACAGUCUUCAUCCUGGCCCAAUUCCAAGAUAUUCUACUUCUCUUUAUAAAAACUUUGAUCCCUGCUUGCAGUAUUUUAAUAGCAAGUCUUAACAAUGCAAGGGCUGGAUCAAUCGUUUUCAGCUUUUAAAUUGAAUGCUCUGUAGUUUUCAUAUUUCACACUAUUUAGUCGUGUAGUUUUUAUCUCAAAAGCCAAUGACAAUCAUUCCAGAAUAUCUUCUGCAUGGCUAUGUUUGCAGAGUCCCAUGUAUCUUAAUGAAACUGUAAAUACAGAUCUGAUCCCAUAA